AGAAGCAUAGAACUGGUCUAAAGCUAGGAUAGGAGCAAAGCAAGAAAAUAGCAGAGCCGAACCCGGUCCAAACAGCUGAUAUAUAUAUAUUUUUUUUCGGGAACAAAAACAAGCAAUUAUGAGAAAAAAAUAAUCACAUGGAACUAGCUCAAUGACAGACGAUGAAGAAUUACAAUUCCGUUAGUAUUGGGGCCUAUCUCAAUACCAAAUAUGCAAUUUGAAUCUUAAGUGGAAAUUAAAAUAGGGGUCAAAAAAUGAAGACAAGUGCUGCGAAGCUGAUUGUUGAUGCAUUGCUACAAAGGUUCCUUCCACUUGCUCGACGUCGUAUUGAAACUGCUCAAGCUCAGGACGGACAGUAUCUUCGGCCAUCAGAUCCAGCCUAUGAGCAAGUACUGGAUUCAUUAGCUAUGAUUGCUCGACACACGCCUGGUCCUCUUCUAGAGGCUCUUCUCAGAUGGAGAGAAAGCGAAUCUCCCAAAGGUGCAAAUGACGCAUCAACAUUUCAGAGAAAGCUUGCUGUGGAAUGCAUCUUUUGCUCUGCGUGUAUUCGGUUCGUUGAGUGUUGUCCACAAGAAGGACUUACAGAGAAGCUCUGGAUUGGGCUUGAAAAUUUUGUUUUCGAUUGGCUAAUAAAUGCAGACAGGGUUGUUAGCCAGGUUGAUUACCCUUCACUGGUUGAUUUACGGGGGCUUCUUCUGGACUUGGUUGCCCAACUCCUUGGUGCCCUAUCGAGGAUCAGAUUUAGUUCAGUGACAGAACGCUUCUUCAUGGAACUCAACACGCGCCGGAUAGAUACUAGUGUUGCUAGAAGUGAAACACUUAGUAUUAUAAAUGGAAUGCGCUACUUGAAGCUCGGGGUAAAGACAGAGGGUGGACUGAAUGCUUCCGCUUCCUUUGUGGCUAAGGCUAACCCACUUAAUCGUGCUCCACAUAAACGAAAAAGCGAACUUCAUCAUGCCUUAUGCAAUAUGUUAUCAAACAUCUUAGCACCUCUUGCAGACAGUGGAAAAGGUCAAUGGCCUCCUUCAUUCAUAGACCCUGCACUAACUUUAUGGUAUGAAGCUGUGGCACGAACAAGGGUGCAGCUCAUACAUUGGAUGGAAAAGCAAAGCAAACAUAUUGCUGUUGGCUAUCCUUUAGUUACACUUCUCCUGUGUCUUGGUGAUCCGCUUUUUUUCCUCAGUAACUUUGGUCCUCAUAUGGAGCAACUCUAUAAGCAUUUGAGGGACAAGGGCCACCGAUUCAUGGCCUUAGACUGUUUACACCGCGUCCUAAGAUUUUACCUGAGUGUUCAUGGUGAUUCCCAGCCUCCAAAUCGUGUAUGGGAUUACCUAGACAGUGUGUCUUCACAACUCCUUACAGUUCUCAGGAAAGGCAUGCUUACACAGGAUGUGCAAGAUAAACUGGUAGAAUUCUGUGUGACCAUUGCUGAACACAACAUUGAUUUUGCUAUGAACCAUACGAUCUUGGAAUUGCUGAAGCAAGAUAGUCCCAGUGAAGCCAAAGUUAUUGGUCUUCGUGCUUUGCUUGCCAUUGUCAUGUCUCCUACCAGCCAGCAUGUUGGGUUGGAAAUUCUUCAUGCUCGUGGUAUUGGCCACUACAUCCCAAAAGUGAAGGCUGCAAUUGAGUCAAUUUUGAGAUCUUGUCACAAGACCUGCAGCCAGGCUCUUCUUACUUCCUCAAGGGCCACCAUAGAUGCCGUAACAAAGGAGAAGUCUCAGGGUUACCUAUUCCGCUCAGUUCUGAAGUGUAUACCAUAUCUGAUUGAAGAAGUUGGCCGAAGUGAUAAAAUAACCGGGAUAAUACCUCAACAUGGUAUCAGUAUUGAUCCAGGUGUGCGUGAGGAAGCUGUACAGGUACUCAAUCGCAUUGUAAGAUACCUUCCACACCGUCGAUUUGCAGUUAUGAGAGGAAUGGCAAACUUCAUUUUGCGUCUUCCAGAUGAGUUCCCUCUUCUCAUUCAAACGUCUCUGAAGCGCCUUUUGGAACUCAUGUGUUUUUGGAAAGCUUGCCUAACUGAAGAUAAGGUGGAAUAUGAUGUUUCAGAUGCAAAGCGUGUUCUGAGAACUGAGGGAUUCAAGAAGUCUUCUUUCCAUCACUCCCAAAUAAUUGAAUUCCAUGCUUCAGAGAUAGAUGCAGUUGGUCUUAUAUUCCUUAGUUCUGUGGAUAGUCAGAUUCGGCACACAGCACUGGAGUUACUGCGAUGUGUUCGUGCCUUGCGAAAUGAUAUUAGGGAACUUUCAUUGCACGAGCGAUCAGAUCAUAUCUUGAAAAAUGAAGCUGAACCCAUAAUUAUAAUUGAUGUUUUAGAAGAGAAUGCGGAUGAUAUAGUUCAGAGCUGUUACUGGGAUUCAGGGCGUCCAUUUGAUCUGAGACGAGAGUCUGAACCUGUACCCCCUGAUGUUACUCUCCAAUCUAUACUAUUUGAUAGCCCCGAUAAGCACAGAUGGGCUCGAUGUCUUAGCGAGCUUGUCAAGUAUGCAGCUGAGCUGUGUCCAAGUUCUGUUCAGGAUGCAAAACUGGAAGUUAUUCAGCGGCUUGCUCAUAUCACUCCUUCUGAUUUGGGCGGAAAGGCUCAUCAAUCACAGGACACAGAUAACAAGCUAGAUCAGUGGCUGAUGUAUGGAAUGUUUGCAUGCUCAUGUCCACUUGAUAGUAAAGAAGGUGGUGGUUCAGCAGCUACAAAAGAACUUUUUCACCUAAUCUUCCCAUCCUUAAAGUCUGGUUCCGAACCAAAUAUACAUGCAGCUACGAUGGCUCUUGGACACGCCCAUCUUGAAAUAUGUGAAGUCAUGUUUAAUGAGCUUGCAUCUUUCGUCGACGAAGUCUCUCUGGAGACAGAAGGGAAACCAAAAUGGAAGAGCCAAAGGUCCCGUCGAGAAGAACUUCGUAUCCACAUUGCGAAUAUAUACCGCGCAGUUGCUGAGAAUAUCUGGCCUGGAAUGCUUAGUAGGAAACCAGUUUUCCGCCUACAUUAUUUAAAGUUCAUUGAAGAUACAACCAGACAGAUAUUAACAGCAUCUGCUGAGAGUUUUCAAGAUAUGCAACCUCUCCGUUAUGCACUUGCUUCUGUAUUGAGAUCCCUGGCCCCCGAAUUUGUUGAUUCCAGAUCUGAGAAAUUUGAUAUUAGAACUAGGAGGCGACUGUUUGAUCUUCUGCUCACCUGGAGUGAUGAUGCUAGCAAUACUUGGAAUCAGGAUGGUGUUAAUGAAUAUCGACGUGAAGUAGAGCGAUACAAGUCUUCUCAGCACUCUCGAUCAAAAGACUCCAUGGACAAAUUAUCGUUUGAUAAAGAACUGAGUGAACAGGUAGAGGCAAUCCAGUGGGCUUCCUCAAAUGCAAUGGCUUCACUAUUGUAUGGCCCCUGCUUUGAUGACAAUGCUAGAAAGAUGAGCGGGCGUGUAAUAUCUUGGAUUAAUAGCCUAUUCAUUGAGCCUGCACCAAGGGCUCCGUUUGGUUAUUCACCUGCUGAUCCAAGAACUCCAUCUUAUUCAAGAUUCACUGGUGAAAGUGGCAGAGGAGCAACUGGUCGUGAUAGACACAGAGGAAGUCAUCUCCGAGUUUCACUUGCAAAAUUAGCUUUAAGAAAUCUUCUUAUAACAAAUUUGGACCUAUUUCCUGCUUGCAUUGAUCAGUGCUACUACUCAGAUGCUGCAAUUGCAGAUGGCUAUUUCAGCGUGCUAGCAGAAGUCUACAUGCGUCAAGAGAUACCAAAAUGUGAAAUUCAGAGACUCUUAAGCCUGAUCCUCUACAAGGUGGUGGAUCCUUCUAGACAAAUUCGUGAUGAUGCCCUUCAGAUGCUUGAGACGCUUUCUGUCCGUGAAUGGGCUGAGGAUGGCAUAGAGGGUUCAGGUGGCUACAGAGCUGCUGUCGUAGGGAAUCUUCCCGACUCAUAUCAGCAGUUCCAGUACAAACUCUCGUGCAAACUUGCUAAAGAUCACCCAGAACUGAGUCAAUGGCUUUGUGAAGAAAUCAUGCAGAGGCAGCUUGAUGCAGUCGAUAUAAUUGCACAACAUCAAGUCUUGACGUGCAUGGCUCCAUGGAUUGAGAAUCUCAAUUUCUGGAAACUCAAGGACUCUGGUUGGAGUGACAGACUAUUGAAAAGCCUUUAUUACGUGACAUGGCGGCAUGGUGAUCAAUUUCCUGAUGAAAUUGAGAAGCUUUGGAGUACAAUUGCCAGCAAACCUAGGAACAUAAGUCCAGUUUUAGAUUUUUUAAUUGCGAAAGGUAUUGAAGAUUGUGAUUCAAAUGCAUCAGCAGAAAUAAGUGGUGCAUUUGCUACUUACUUCUCAGUUGCCAAAAGGGUUAGUUUAUACUUAGCUCGUAUAUGCCCCCAACGUACUAUUGAUCACUUGGUUUACCAACUUGCUCAGCGGAUGCUUGACAGCAUAGAACCUAGUGCAAACCAAGGUGAGGGAAAUGGAAACAUCGUGUUAGAAUUUUCUCAGGGGCCUUCUGUGGCUCAAGUCGCAUCAGUGGUAGAUAGUCAACCUCACAUGUCACCUUUAUUAGUUCGUGGGUCUCUCGAUGGUCCACUGAGGAACACAAGUGGGAGCUUGAGCUGGAGAACAGCCGCUGUUGGAGGGAGAAGUGCCUCAGGUCCAUUGGCUCCUAUGCCUCCUGAGUUGAAUAUUGUCCCCGUAACUACUGGUCGGUCUGGCCAACUUCUUCCAUCCCUGGUGAACAUGUCAGGGCCAUUAAUGGGGGUACGGAGUUCAACUGGAAGUAUGCGAAGUCGUCAUCGCUCUCGAGACAGCGGAGACUACUUCAUUGACACUCCGAAUUCCGGGGAAGAUGGGUUGCAUUCUGGGUCUGUAACGCACGGGAUUAAUGCAAAAGAACUUCAAUCAGCAUUGCAAGGACAUCAGCAGCACUCGCUCUCUCACGCGGACAUAGCAUUGAUUCUACUUGCUGAAAUUGCUUAUGAGAAUGAUGAGGACUUCCGGGAGCAUUUGCCUUUGCUCUUUCAUGUCACUUUUGUAUCUAUGGAUAGUUCAGAGGAUAUUGUCUUGGAGCAUUGCCAGCAUCUGCUUGUUAAUCUAUUGUAUUCACUUGCAGGGCGUCAUUUGGAGUUAUAUGAUGUUGAAAAUAGUGAUGGAGAGAACAAACAGCAAGUAGUUAGCCUCAUAAAGUAUGUUCAAUCUAAGCGAGGCAGUAUGAUGUGGGAGAAUGAGGACCCCACGGUAGUGAGAACAGAGCUACCAAGUGCAGCACUCUUGUCUGCUCUGGUGCAGAGUAUGGUGGACGCUAUCUUCUUUCAAGGAGAUCUGCGAGAAACUUGGGGAGCAGAGGCGCUUAAAUGGGCUAUGGAGUGCACAUCUAGACACUUGGCCUGCCGCUCGCACCAGAUUUACCGUUCACUAAGGCCUCGUGUAACAAAUGAUGCAUGUGUAUCCCUGCUACGCUGUCUUCACAGGUGCUUGGGAAAUCCUUUACCAGCUGUUUUAGGUUUUGUUAUGGAGAUCUUGUUAACAUUGCAGGUGAUGGUGGAGAAUAUGGAACCAGAAAAGGUUAUACUCUAUCCCCAGCUUUUCUGGGGUUGUGUUGCCAUGAUGCAUACUGAUUUUAUUCAUGUGUACUGUCAAGUGCUGGAGCUCUUUCGCCGGGUUAUUGACCGUUUAUCGUUCCGAGAUCGAACAACAGAGAACGUGCUUCUUUCAAGUAUGCCUCGAGAUGAGCUUGAUUCAAGUGUUUCUGACAGUUCUGACUUCCAACGUCUGGAAUCACGGAAUGCUUGUGAGCCAUCAGCGUCAAAUGCAAAGUUCCCAAUCUUUGAGGGAGUGCAGCCACUGGUUCUUAAAGGACUUAUGUCCGGUGUUAGUCAUAGUGCUUCUGUUGAGCUUCUAUCAAGGAUUACAGUGCCUUCAUGCGAUUCCAUCUUCGGUGACGCAGAAACACGGCUAUUGAUGCACAUCACAGCCUUGCUUCCCUGGCUCUGCUUACAACUCAGCCAGGAUGCAGUUAUGGGGUUUAUGUCACCACUACAGCAACAACAUCAAAAGGCUUGCUCUGUUGCCGCCAAUAUAGCCGUCUGGUGUCAAUCAAAAUCAGUGGAUGAACUGGCUACUGUUUUUGUGGCUUACUCCCGUGGUGAGAUCAAAAGAAUAGAAAACCUUCUAGCUUGUGUUUCACCAUUACUAUGCAAUGAAUGGUUCCCCAAGCACUCAACUCUGGCAUUUGGGCAUCUCCUACGGCUUCUUGAAAAAGGGCCAGUGGAAUAUCAGCGUGUUAUCCUUCUUAUGCUGAAGGCAUUGCUUCAGCAUACUCCUAUGGAUGCUGCUCAGAGUCCACAAUUGUAUGCAAUUGUAUCUCAGUUGGUGGAAAGCCCUAUGUGUUGGGAGGCACUUAGUGUCUUGGAAGCCCUCUUACACAGCUGUAGCUCUUUACCUGGAUCACAUCCUAAUGAGGCGGGGCAAUUUGAGUAUGGACUCGUUGGCACCGAAGAGAAGAUCCUUGCAUCUCAAACCUCAUUUAAGGCACGAAGUGGACCAUUGCAGUUUGCAAUGGCCCUCGGAUUUGGAGCAGGUUCGACAUCAGUGGCACAAUCUAAUGCAUCUGAAUCAGGUUUGUCAGCAAGAGAAUUAGCAUUGCAAAACACACGGUUGAUGCUAGGGAGGGUGCUUGAUAGUUGUCCACUUGGGAGAAGGAGAGAUUAUAGAAGAUUAGUUCCUUUUGUAACAAUUACAGGGAACCUGUAAGCGUCUCAUUACACGUUAUUUUUCCUGAGAAAAUGCGAUAUCUGCGAGCUUGUUUUGUAAAUAGGUGCACUCAAAUUAAUAAUGUAUACGGGUUAGUUUGGGUCUCAUAGUUAGAAUGGAGCAAGCUCCCUCUCUAGUUUUGGUCUAUUUCUUUACAUUUAUGUAGGUCUGUAUAUUUGUAUGUUGUCAUCACAUAAUCAAAGGAAUGACAAUGAAUGCUUGACCUCUA